AUGGUAAACAUGCAUAGCGGAACCAACAAUAGUUCUCGAGUUCAGAAAAAGCAGGAGAAAGAACGCAUCAGCGACAACAUGGAAGCAAUCCAAUACAUCCUGAAGACGACCUUCACCGAGGAGGAACUACAGGAGGCCCAGGAGGCCCUGGAGGACCUGCUGACGUUGCUCAUGAAGGGUAACGGGCCCGUGAAGAUAACAGGCGUCACCUUGCGAGUGUACCGGGCCCUGGUGGAGGCCGGGGUCCUGCUGGACCAGAAGCCUUCCUUGGAGGACACGGAGCUGCUCCACAUGGUGAGGCCGUGGCAGGCUUGCGGCCCAUUGUCCCAGCCCGUCAUAAAGGUGCUGACGGGGGGAUUGGUGCAGCUGGAGGCCGUGGCCGACGGCCGGCUCCAUGCCACCCUGGGUCAGGUGACCUGCCUCGUCCUGUCCCACGUGUACUACCUCCAGUCUCUCCCCGACAACGCCACGUACGUCGCCAUGAUCUGCCCAGACUGGCGGGAAAAUCCUCCCGCCGAAGGCAAGAAGGUGUUCAGUGAGUGGGUUGUGAGGCAGCAGGCGGCGUGGGAGUGGGCGGGGAGGGAGAUGGCGGCCCUGGAGGGGGUGGCCACGCCGGCCAUGAGGGUGCUGGCCAGGGGGGUCCAGGUCGGGGCUAAGACCGCAGGACAGUUCCAGGUUGACCUGGGUCACGUGACCUGCCUCGUCCUCUCCCGCGGCUUCUACCUCCAUUGCCUCCCUGACAGGGUCACCUACGUCAUCAAGGCCGACCCCUCGCAGGGUAGAGUCGACUCUCCUCUCUCUCGCUCUCCCCUCUCCAAAAAGACCGUUGACGCUGAAAAGACUGCCGCCGAAGAGGCCGCACCCGAUGUGGCCGCAUCCGAUGUGGCUGCACCCGAUGUGGCCGCAUCCGAUGUGGCCGCACCCGAUGUGGCCGCACCCGAUGUGGCCGCAUCCGAUGUGGCCGCACCCGAUGUGGCCGCAGCCGAAGAGACAGCAUCCGAUGUGGCCGCACCCGAUGUGGCCGCAUCCGAUGUGGCCGCAUCCGAUGUGGCCGCACCCGAUGUAGCCGCAACCGAAGAGGCCGCAGCCGAUGUGGCCGCACCCGAUGUGGCCUCAACUGAAAAGGUCGCUGCCAAAAAGGCCGCAGCUGCUGCAGAGAAGGCCGAUGCCGAAAGGACCGCUGCUUCUACCGUAAAGGCCGAAGUUGAAAGGGCCGCUGCCGAAAAGGCCGCAGCCGAAUUGGCCGCUGCUGCAGCUGCUGAAAAGGUCGCUGCCGAAAAGGCCGAAACCGAAAGGGCCGCUGCUGCUGCUGAAAAGGUCGCUGCCAAAAAGGCCGCUGCUGGUGCCGAAAAGGCUGCUGCAGCUGCCGAAAAGGCUGCUGCUGAUGCUGCAGAGAAGGCCGCUGCAGAAAAGAUCGCUGCCGAAAAAGCCGUUGCCGAAAAGGCUGCAGCCUUUUCGGCAGCCAAAAGAGCCGCUGCUGCGGCUGAAAAGGUCGCUGCUGAAAAAGCCAAAGCAGAAAGGGCCGCUGCUGCUGCUGCUGCUGCCGAAAAAGUUGCUGCCGAAAAGGCGGAAGCCGAAAGAGCCGUAGUCGAAAAGGCCGAAGCCGAAAGGGCCGCUGCUGAAAAGGCCGCUGCUGCUGCCGAAAAGGCCGCUGCUGCUGCCGAUAAGGCCACUGCUGUUGCCGAAAAGGCUGCUGCUGCUGCUGAAAAAGCCGCGGCAGAGAAGGCCGCUGCAGAAAAGGUGGCUGUAGAAAAGGCCGCUGCCGAAAAGGCCGCUGCCGAGAGGGCUGCAGCCUUUUCAGCAGCCGAGAGGGCUGCUGCUGCAGAAAAGGUAGCUGCCAAAAAGGCCGCUGCCGAAAGGGCCGAUGCUACUCCUACCGAAAAGGUUGCUGCCGAAAAGGCCGAAGCCGAGAGGGCCGCUUCUGUUGCUGAAAAGGUCGCUGCCGAAAAGGCCGCUGCCGCUGCAGAGAAGGCCCCUGCCGAAAAGGGCGAAGCUGAAAGGGCCGCUGCUACUGCUGGCGAAAAGGUCGCUGCCGAAAAGGCCGAAGCCGAAAGGGCCGCUGCCGAAAAGGCCGAAACCGAAAAGGCCGCAGCCGAAACGCUCGCUGCUGCUGCUGAAAAGGUUGCUGCCAAAAAGGCCGCUGCUGCUGCCGAAAAGGUCGCUGCAGAAAAGGCCGCUGCCGAAAAUGCCGAAGCCUUUUCGGCAGCCGAAAGGGCCGCUGAUGUUGCUGAAAGGGUCGCUGCCGAAAGGGUCGCUGCCGAAAGGGUCGCUGUCGAAAAGGCCGAAGCCGAAAGGGCCGCUGCUGCUGCUGCCGAAAAGGUUGAGGCCGAAAAGGCUGAAGCUGAAAAGGCCGUUUCCGACAAGGCCAAAGCCGAAAGGACAGCUGCCGAAAAGGCCGCUGCUGCUGCUGAAAAGGUUGAAGCCGAAAGAGCCGCUGCUGCUACAGACACGACUACUGCAGACACAGCCCCUGCACACACGGCCCCUGCACACACGGCCCCUACAGACACGGCCCCUGCACACACGGCCCCUGCACACACGGCCCCUGCACACACGGCCCCUGCAGACAAUACCGCUGCAGACAAUACCGCUGCAGACAGGGCCGCUGCAGACAGGGCAGCUACAGACACGACCGCUCCAGACAGGGCAGCUACAGACACGACCGCUCCAGACAGGACAGCUACAGACACGACCGCUCCAGAUAGGGCCGCUGCAGACAGGGCAGCUACAGGCACGACCGCUGCAGACACGGCCACUGCAGACAGGGCCGCUGCAGACAGGGCAGCUACAGGCACGACCGCUCCAGACACGACCGCUGCAGACAGGGCCGCUGCAGACGCGACCGCUGCAGACGCGACCGCUGCUGACAGGGCCGCGGCAGAAAAGGCAGCCGCAGAGAAGGCAGUUGCUGCAGACUGGGCCGCUGUAGAGAAGACUGCUGCAGAAAAGGCAGCCGCAGAGAAGGCAGCCGCUGCAGACUGGGCCGCUGUAGAGAAGGCUGCUGCAGAAAAGGCAGCCGCAGAGAAGGCAGCCGCUGCAGACUGGGCCGCUGUAGAGAAGGCUGCUGCAGAAAAGGCAGCCGCAGAGAAGGCAGCCGCUGCAGACUGGGCCGCUGUAGAGAAGGCUGCUGCAGAAAAGGCAGCAGCAGAGAAGGCAGCCGCUGCAGACUGGGCCGCUGUAGAGAAGGCAGCCGCAGAGAAGGCAGCUGCAGAGAAGGCCGCUGCAGAGAAGGCAGCUGCAGAGAAGGCAGCUGCAGACAGUGCCGCUGCAGACAGUCCCGCUGCAGAGAAGGCAGCCGCAGAGAAGGCAGCCGCAGAGAAGGCAGCCGCAGAGAAGGCAGCCGCAGAGAAGGCCGCCUCAGAGAAGGCCGCCUCAGAGAAGGCCGCCUCAGAGAAGGCCGCCUCAGAGAAGGCCGCUUCAGAGAAGGCCGCUGCAGAGAAGACCGCUUCAGAGAAGGCCGCUGCAGAGAAGGCCGCUGCAGAGAAGGCCGCUGCAGAGAAGGCCGCUUCAGAGAAGGCCGCUGCAGAGAAGGCCGCUUCAGAGAAGGCCGCUUCAGAGAAGGCGGCUUCAGAGAAGUCCGCUUCAGAGAAGGCCGCUUCAGAGAAGGCCGCUGCAGAGAAGGCCGCUGCAGAGAAGGCCGCUUCAGAGAAGGCCGCUUCAGAGAAGGCCGCUUCAGAGAAGGCCGCUGCAGAGAAGGCCGCUGCAGAGAAGGCCGCUGCAGAGAAGGCCGCUGCAGAGAAGGCCGCUGCAGAGAAGGCCGCUGCAGAGAAGGCCGCUGCAGAGAAGUCCGCUGCAGAAAGAGUCAGUGCAGUGCCUACCUCUGAGUGCUCAUUUAUCGUACGACGCAUAGAACGGGUUGACAUCCAUGUCCGUGUGACGAUGAAGAAUAACCCACUCUCAGGCGGGCUACCUAGUGAACCACCUAGUGAAUGGACCACCUAG